AUGUCGCAGAUACACGCAAUGUCCGACGACCAAGUCAGCAACGAGCUGCGCAAGAUGACAGCGUUCAUCCGGCAGGAAGCGCUCGAGAAAGCCCGAGAAAUCCACCUCAAAGCCGAUGAAGAGUUCAGCAUCGAAAAGUCCAAACUUGUGCGCUCCGAAACCUCGCGCAUCGACAGCGAGUACCAAAAGAAAUUCACACAAGCAGGCAUGAGCCAGCAAAUCACCAAGUCCACUCUUGCGAACAAGACGCGUCUCCGCAUCUUGAGUGCCAGACAGGAGCUGCUGGAUCAGUUGUUUGAGGAUGCUCAUAAGAAAUUGGGAGAGAAUGCGACCAAGGAUAAGGGGAAAUAUGAAAAGGUGCUCAAGGAUUUGAUUUUGGAGGGGCUCUAUGCGCUGGUGAACGAGAAGAAGGUCACGUUGAGGUGUAGGAAGAAGGAUGAUGAUGUGGUGAAGAAGGCGGCGGAGAAGGCCAAGGAAGAGUUUAAGAAGAGUAUGAAGAAUGACGUUGAGAUCAGUGUGGAUGAUAAGGAACGUGUGCCUGAAAACUCUGCGGGAGGUGUCAUCAUCCUCAACAGUACCGGCAAGAUUGAUAUCAACAACACCUUCGAGGAGCGAUUGCAUCUAUUAGAGACUGACGGUCUGCCUGCUGUGAGAGCCACGCUGUUUGGCGAGAACAAGAACCGCAAGUUCAAGGACUAG